CGCAUUUUCCGGAGCCGAGAGGGCCGGGGAGCCGGCAGGAAAUGGAAGGAUGAAGGGUGCAGCCGGAGCGGUGGUGCUCGUUCUCUCCUUGCUUUCCCCUGCAGGAAUGUAAUCCGCAAUGCUAGUUCUCAGGUUGCUCAAUGUUGUUGCUCCAGCCUACUUCUUGUGCAUCUCUCUAGUGACCUUCGUCCUCCAGAUCUUUCUCUUCAUCCCCAGCAUGUUCAGAGACCCUUCUGCCACCUCACUUCUCUCUCCUGCUCUGCUGCAUGGGGCCCUCUUCCUCUUCCUCUCAGCUAAUGCCCUGGGCAACUACGUACUUGUGAUCCAGAGCUCCCCUGAGGACUUGGGCAAGGGCUUAAACUUGGGCGAAGGAACCGAAGUGGUGGCGGACUGGCUGGAUGGAAGCAGGUCCCCCGGCUCAGCCUUGCCCAGCACUCACUUCUGUAGACUGUGUGCCAGAGUCACCCAGAGGCAUGACCACCACUGUUUCUUCACAGGGAACUGCAUCGGGAGCAGAAACAUGCGAAACUUCAUCAUGUUCUGCCUCUACACCUCCCUGGCUUGCCUCGACUCCCUGGUGGCAGGCAUGGCUUACAUUUCUGUUGCACUCUCCAUGUCCUUUGCAAAUCCACUGGCCUUCCUCACCCUUCUGCCUCACUCCAUCAGCCAGUUCUUCUCAGGGGCUCUCCUCAGCUCCGAGAUGUUUGUCAUCCUCAUGCUCUACCUCUGGCUUGGGAUCGGCCUGGCCUGCGCUGGCUUCUGCUGCCACCAGAUGCUGCUGAUCUUACGUGGGCAGACACGGUACCAGGUGCGGAAGGGGAUAGUGGUAAGAGCCCGGCCCUGGAGGGAGAACCUGCGAGAAGUCUUUGGGAAGAGGUGGCUACUAGGACUUCUCAUCCCUGUGCUGAAUGUUGGAAGUGACAACCAUAGGCAGAAAGAGAAGUAAAGCCCCAGAGCGUGUGCGUGUGUUUGUGUGUGUGUGCAGCACAUACACACAACACGUUCCCUGUUCUCUCCCACUCUCUCCGGAUCACUAAGGAGUUGGACUAGUCCAUCUCUCUGGACUGCUGCCUCUGUGGGAGGAAAGGACUAGCUAACUAACAGAAUAAAUUUAGCAUAUUAACAAGGACAUCACACACCACAUAGAUGAAGAGAUACUGCAGCUUAGUAGUCACAUCACAGCACUUGUGUACAUGGCAACCGCCUUUGAACUAGCAGAAAAUUAGUCAGGCCCUGCUGUGG